UCACAAUGAAAAGGUAUAUUUCAACAGUUUAUUUGUAUUUGAGUUAUGAAACGCUGUGUCUAGAGAUGAUAGAAACUUAUUUGAAACAGAACUGGGGUCAUGAUUAAAUGGUUAACUUAUUUCCCAAAUGAAUGAGAAAGGAAACAGGGUGCUGCAACCUUUUGCUCUCACUUCCUCAUGAGAGAAGACGUAGAGGCUGUCCCAGAGAGAGCAGGGCUGCAGUGCACACACAUCUCAGGCAGCCAUGGGGAACUGGGUGGAGAACGAAGGACUGUCCAUCUUUGUCGUUCUUGUGUGGCUGGGCUUAAAUGUCUUCCUCUUUUGGUGGUACUAUCUUGUGUAUGAUGUCCCACCAAAAUUCUUCUACACCAGAGUGCUCCUUGGCCGUGCUCUGGCUCUUGCAAGGGCCCCUGCAGCCUGCCUGAAUUUCAAUUGCAUGCUGAUUCUGCUGCCAGUGUGUCGAAACCUGCUCUCCUUCCUCAGAGGAUCAAGUGCGUGCUGCUCUACCCGUAUCAGGCGACAGCUGGACAGGAACCUCACCUUUCACAAAAUGGUGGCCUGGAUGAUCGCCCUUCACACUGCAAUUCACACCAUUGCACACUUAUUCAACGUGGAGUGGAGUGUGCAAGCCCGUGUGGAAGAGAAAGGCACCCUGGCAGCUGUGCUUUCUGGCCUUGGAGACAAACCAAAGGAAAGCUACGUCAACUUCUACAGACAAACCAUUGCUAAUCCCAUCGGGGGACUCUAUGUGGCUUUUACGUACUUGGCUGGCAUCACUGGGGUUGUCAUCACACUGGCCCUCAUCCUCAUCAUCACCUCAUCCACCAAAACCAUCCGGAGGUCAUAUUUCGAAGUAUUUUGGUACACCCACCAUCUCUUUGUCAUCUUCUUUAUUGGCCUCGUCAUCCACGGUGCUGGUCGUAUUGUACGGGGACAGACAGCUGAAAGCCUGGCUGAACACAACCCAGAGAUUUGCUACAAGAACUUCAGUCACUGGGGCAAGAGUCAGGCUUGUCCAAUCCCCCAGUUUUCAGGCAAUCCUCCUAUGACAUGGAAGUGGGUGGUAGGUCCCAUGUUUCUGUACCUGUGUGAGCGGCUGGUGCGGUUUUGGAGGUCACAGCAGAAGGUUGUUAUCACAAAGGUGGUCAUUCAUCCCUUCAAGACAAUUGAGCUCCAGAUGAUGAAAAAAGGCUUCAAGAUGGAGGUUGGACAAUACAUUUUUGUCAAAUGUCCAGCAGUGUCUAAACUGGAAUGGCAUCCAUUUACACUGACCUCUGCUCCAGAAGAGGAUUACUUCAGCAUUCACGUCCGUAUCGUAGGAGACUGGACAGAGGGCUUGUUCAAUGCCUGUGGCUGUGAUAAACAAGAAUUCCAGGAGGCUUGGAAGUUGCCCAAGAUAGCUGUGGAUGGCCCCUUUGGAACAGCAAGUGAGGACGUGUUCAGUUAUGAAACUGUGAUGCUGGUUGGAGCUGGAAUAGGGGUCACCCCCUUUGCAUCUGUCCUCAAGUCUGUCUGGUACAAAUACUGCCAUGAUGCCACCAACCUAAAGCUCAAGAAGAUUUAUUUUUACUGGCUUUGCAGGGACACUCAUGCCUUUGAAUGGUUUGCAGACCUCUUGCAAUCUCUGGAGGCUCAAAUGCAGGAGAGGAAUAAUGCAGAGUUUCUGAGCUAUAACAUCUACCUUACAGGCUGGGAUGAAACUCAGGCCACUCACUUCGCAGUGCAUCAUGAAGAAGAGAAAGAUGUGAUCACAGGACUGAAACAGAAAACCUUGUAUGGAAGACCUAACUGGGAAAAUGAGUUCAAAACGAUUGCAGGGAAGCAUCCUGGCUCCAGAAUAGGUGUUUUUCUCUGUGGCCCUGAGGGCCUGGCUGACACACUCAACAAGCAGAGCAUCAGCAACUCAGAAGCUGAUCCACGAGGAGUACACUUCAUUUUUAACAAAGAAAAUUUCUAACUCUGAAACAAGUGGGGGUCAUUAAAAGCAAAGUUUAAAGACUGAA